AUGGAACGUCACGAAGAAUAUAGUACGUCACCGGCAGCAACUGCAAGUAUCAUGACUGAAUCCAAGGAUAUUGUUCCUUUACCAUCUACAACAUGUGAAAGUCCCUCAACUAAGGAGACUGAGGAGACUUCACUCUCUGAAUUGAUCCAAGCAUCUACUGAUAACGAAGAAGCCUCCAUUCCCAAUGCAUGUAAACUCAACGAAAAUGACAUGACUCGAUCACAUGAUUCGACAACAACGACUACUUCACGGCCACAGGACUCUGAAUCAUGGAAUACUGCCGAGCCACGUCAAAGUAAGGAGUUGGCAGUAUCCACUCAUUCAUCAACGAUUAAUGAUUUGAAUAAGAAGGUUUCUUCUUCUCUCAAAGACGAUCAUGAAGCUACUCUUCAGCAACAUAUGGAAUUCGAGCGAGCACAAGAGCUUGAUGAAGAUCAUCACUACAGAGUAUCCAAUCCCACUCAUAACACUCACAAAGGAUCACUCAACUGCAUUCAACCUACCUUUGUCUAUGAAGUGGUUCAAGGGCUCUCUCCAACCAUUGUCAUUGAUAAUGGCUCUGGUGUAUUGAAGGCUGGUUUCGUUGAUGAAGAAUAUCCGAGUGCAGUGUUUAAUAACAUGAUUGGAAGAUUAAAAGAAUAUCAUGCAAAAGGAAUGAUUCCGUCCACCACAUCUGCUGGUAACCAUGUGGGACAACAAUUAUAUUUCGGAGAUGGUGCUCAGGCUUUGAGAAGUCUCCUUUCUCUCUCCUAUCCCGUGGAGAAGGGAAUUGUUAAGAACUUUGAAGAUUGUGAAAUGAUGCUUCAAUACACUCAAGAUUGUCUUGGAUUGGAGAGCUUUUCAGAACAUCCAGUAUUAAUGACAGAAUCUCCUGAUAAUCCAAAGGCCAAACGAGAAAGACAAACCCAAAUGAUGUUCGAAACCUUUGAUGUACCAUAUUUAUAUAUGGCCAAAUCAGCUGUGUUAGCUUUGUUUGCGUAUGGAAGUGUCACGGGAAUGUGUUUAGAUUCUGGUGAUGGAGUGACUCAUGUUGUACCAAUCUAUGAAGGAUACUCACUACCUCAUGCUGUGAAUCGAUUGAAUCUGGCAGGAAAGGAUCUCACUCAUUACAUGAUGCAACUAUUGAAUGAAAGAGAAUUUUCGAGUCAGUUAUUUACUACUCAUGGAGGAACAACGGCUGCUUUUGAAAUUGUGAGAUGCUUGAAAGAAGAGUUGUGUGAAGUCAGUGAGUCAACGAGUUCAACCUCUCCUACUGUAAAUUAUGAACUACCUGAUGGCUCUUCAAUUAGUGUUGGCAAUGAGAGAUUUAAAUGUCCAGAGUUGUUAUUCAAUCCAUCCCUCACAGGUAAUCACGAUUCAUUGGGUAUUGUCGAAUUGUGUAAAAAGACCAUCUAUGACACAGACAUUGAUUUGAGAAAAACUUUGGCACAUAAUAUUUUCCUUGCUGGUGGUUCUACAAAAUUCAAAGGACUUCAAGCAAGAUUGCAGAACGACUUGCAAGAAGCAUUACCUUAUUCUCAAAAAGUGAGAGUUAAGAAUUCUACAGAUUCACAACAUUUGGCUUGGAUUGGAGGUUCUAUUUUGGGUAAAAUGUCAAGAUUUACCUAUGACGCAAUGAGCAGAGAGGAAUAUGACGAGAUGGGUCCAUGCCAUGCUCAUAUCAAGUUCAUGUAG